UGUUUUUAAUUAACAAGUGGCGUUAUUGUUUUGAGAGAUUGAUGCAGCGUGUGCGUUAACUAUUUGUGAUAUUUGAUGCUUAUGAUAAAAAGGGAGUUUCAGUGGUGGUAGGGAUAUGCAUUUAUUAAUCGUUUGUCAUGAUGUUACCUGUAAAUUGGAAUAAAAUUGGAGAGGAAUUAUGAAUCUGGUGGAUGACAACGGUGGGAUAAAAAUAUUUACACGUCGGAACAGCCGCCGAACUUACAUCCUUAAACUCAGUAUAGUUUUCUUGUUUGUGUUUGUUGCUCUUUGCGUGUUCAUCUUGCCGGACAAAUUGAUACAGACUUCAAUCAAUAUCAAGCAACUUGUUUUGAAUCCACUGCCUCUGUCCUCAAAACGUCAAUUACUUACGGACAGGAAGCAUCACUUAAUCUUGCUGUGGACGUCUUAUUUCGGCAAACAAAAUUGGCUACCAUCAACCAAAGAGCUUCAGUGCCCUGUUGACAAUUGUAAUGUAACUUCGGAUCGCAUUCACCUAAAUCAUAGUAGCGCAGUAGUCCUGCACUGGAGGAAUAUAAAGCCAGACGAUCUUCCAGUUUGUCCCUUCUCAAAUGAGCAGACUUCAAGCUGUCCUUUUCUGGUACUUUUCAACAAAGAAGCUCCUCCUCAUACAUCAGCGGAUGCCCUUUGGAAACUAGAUGACAAAAUUCACUGGACAGCUACUUAUAGAAAAGAUUCUGACAUAAAAGCGCCUUAUGGUAAAGUCAUUUCUCGUACCAAAGUGGCAGAAAUGCCAGAAAUUAGCUUAAAUCGUAGCAGUGUCUGCUGGCUUGUAAGUAACUGCCAAGCACCCAGUAACAGAGAAAAAUACGUGGAUGAUUUGAAUAACUCGAUUUCUGUAGAGGUGUACGGAAGGUGCGGCAAAUACUCAUGUCCUUAUGAAAAAACUAUAGAUUGCUACAAAUGGCUGUCUCACCGCUGCAGAUUUUAUCUUUCAUUCGAAAAUUCCGUUUGCAAAGAUUACAGUACAGAGAAACUCUACUAUGCCCUGAUGUCAGGCAUGGUACCAGUCGUCCUUGGUGGCGAUAACUACGCAGAACACUUACCGCCUCAUUCUUUUAUCGAUGUUAGAGAUUAUUCUAGUCCAAAAGACCUGGCCAACUAUUUACUGGAGCUUACAGUGAAUGAUGCAAAAUUUUUGUCUUAUUUUCAGUGGCGAAGAAAAUAUUUCAUACAGGAUGGUGCUUACAAGUGGCUCUGUGGUUUGUGUGAAAAGUUAAACACAAAUGUAGUGGGUCAAGUCAAGCCACAUAAUAGCGUUGUUGAUUGGUGGUAUAAGUAUCCAUGUGAUAUUAUUUAUUAUUGAUUUUAUUUUUUGCAAACAGUUUUUAUAUUUGCACUGUGUUACAUUAUUUCAAUAUGUAUAAAUUUUUUUUAAAUAUCAUUAAGUUAAUAUCUAUUUAGAAUUAAAGUAUUGAAGUGGGUUAAGUCAAACCACAUAAAAGUGUUAUUGAUUGGUGGUAUAAACAUUCAUGGCGUCACAUUUAUUAUUUUUUAAAAAAUAGCUUUUAUAUUUUCACUGUGUUCUAUCAUUUCAGCAUGAAUACAACUUUUAUUUCAUUAGAGUAGAUAGGAUUGUUGUUCUGAAUUGAAAUUUCUUUUUAGUCCGAGCUAAGGUUGAGUUGGGUGUAAAAAAAUUUGGGUGUAAUUUAAUAAUUGGUUCUUAAAAAAAACAUAUAAGUGUUAUUGUCUUAUUUUUCAUAGGCACGCAUAAAAUUUCCUUAAUUAAAAAAUAUCUUCAUUCAGAGUUAAAUUUGAAGUGUUUAAUGUUUUUAGUUCGAUGGUUUAAGUGUCCUACUGAUAUGAUUUAUUGAUGAAUUUUUUUAAACAUUUUCAUACUUUAUUGUAUUGCAAUAUUUUCAAUAUCCAUAUAGAUUUUAUUUCAUUAAAGUAAUCCCUAUAGUCAGAAUUAUUAAAGUAGAAUUGUGUAAAACCACAUAAAAUGAUUAUUGUUUGAUGGUAUUAAUUUCCCAGUGUUACGAUCUUUUUUUCGUUAACAAUUCUUUCAUUAUAUUAUAUCAUUUCAGAAUGCACGCAAUUUUUACUUAAUGAAUGUAAAUAUUUUAUAAUGUAUAUAUUAAAUAUCUAUUCAAAAUUAAUGUUAAAGUAGUUUCAGCCAAACCACAUAAAAGUUUUAUUGAUUCAUGGUAUAAAUAUAAACGUUUUAUUACUUAUUAUUCAUAUUUUUUGUAUGCAGCUUAUAUAUUUUUAUCGUGUUACAUCAUUUCAAUAUGAAGGAAAUUUUAUUUCAUUAUUAUCAUUCAUUGUUUAGAAUAAAAUUUGAAAUAAGUUAUGCAAACUACAUAGAAUUGUAAUCGAUGAUGAUAUAAGUUUUCAUUCAGAUAUCAUUUCUUACUGAUAUGUUUUUGUUCCUUAUUAUCAUUUUAUUAGAUAAUUGCCAUAUGUGUACAGUAUAUUUUUCAUUUCUUUUGUAUAAUAUAUUUAUUUAGAAACAAAGUUGAAGUGGGUAUAGCCACAUAAAAAUGUUAUUCUUUCAAGGUAUUUAUAUCGCAAUGAUGUGAUUUAUUGAUGACAUUUUUUGCAAACGUUUUCAUAUUUUCAUUGUAUUUUGAUCAUUAAAAUAUAUCGCAUG